AUGAUAAACCCAAAUUUUAAUAAUUCAAACAACAAUAAUAAUUUUAAUAAUGAUAAUUAUAAAAUUAAAAUUGAAUUUUUAUUAAACCAAAAACCAUUAAAUAUUAAUUCAAAUUCUCAAGAAAAAAUAUCAAAUGUAAAAGAAAAAAAAAAUAAAUUAACAAAUUCAAAUCCAAUUAUAAUUAAAAAAACAAAAGACCAAAAAAAAAUAAUUGAACCACUUAAAAAUAAUAAUAAUAAUAAAAUUCAAAUUGAACAUUUACAAUCAAAUGUUAGAUGUAAGAAAUGUAAUGAAUUACCAUCGUUUAAACAUGAUAAUAAAAGAUGGUAUUGUAAAUUUUGUGAAAAACCAUUUACUCCAAUUUCAUUUAAAAAUUUAACAACAGAAAAUUUCCAAAAAUAA